UGUGAUUAAAAAUUGCCCUGUUUUCUAACAAACAAACAAGUAUUAAAGUGUGUACUGUAUUGCCAUUGAGAUUUGUAUUACUAUUGAUACAGUCCUCACAUGACAUAAUUCAUGUUCAAAUCUUGAAUACCAACACGGUGGUAGCAUUUCAAUACUUAGAGCAUGUACUUUCUUAUACAUUAGUUAAUUGAUACAUAAAUAAUAUAUCAUGUAUAAUAAUUAAUAUGUACAUAUAAAAUUUAAAAAUUAUUGUGUACAGUAAAAUAAAAUUUAAUUAAAAUUGAACUACUGUAUACACUGUACUGUAGCCAACAGUAGUGUAAUAACGUUCAAUAUUUUUUAUAUAUUAUAAAUUUUAGUCAUUCAAAUUUUGCAUUAUUUUUCAACCUAAUACACAUUCAAUCUCUACAGUGUAGUAAUUAAUGGUAUUAAAUCACUUUUUCUUUUUUAGGUCUGAUGAAAACUUGCUUAGUUUCAGUGAAGGGGAUAUAUUUUGAUAAAGUUUGGUGGCGACAAGGGUGGGGAUACAACAAAGUUUGAAAUUCAGUUGUGCUGUCUUCCCAAACCAAAUUCACUGGAAAAUGUAAUUGUGGUGCUAGUAUUUCAAGCCCCAGACUUCACCGUAAACCUUCAAAAAGGUCUGGCCCUUAUUAUGGAUGAAGUUAUCGAUAGAGAAGGGAGUGUGUGGAAAUCAGAAAGGACAAACAAGAUUACGAGUUCUUGUCUUGUGUUUAUGGACUCAUUGGAUCUAACGGUUUCAAUACCUUCGCUACAGAUCUCAUUUGGGAUAUUUAAGAAACUGUUCGAUAUUUUAGAAAGAGAUGUCCACGAUAUUGACUGUCAAAUAUUUUAUUUGCAGCAGAGGACUCUUGGUCCAACUAGUGAUCAUGAGUUGACAGACUUCGAAACAGCCAUUUCAGAGGCCGCCACAAUUAGAAAUAACAGUAUUACUGAAAUCAAAUCCUUGAGACGCUAUUGAGCAGAUGCGGGAUGAACUCCCGUUAUCAAUCCUUGCUAAUAGUGAUGUGAUGUCCAACAAAGUGGCAGGCAUCUGCUAUGAAACUGCUGUAAAAGAACAGAAGGUGAAAGACUUGUCCAGGAAAAUCAUAUAGAUCAAGAGCUGAAAUUCGCAAGUGGCCCCUUUGGCAACAAGUAUGGAUGAUGUUUUGCAUGCUAAUAAAAUACCAAGACAACAAUAUCAUGGGAAA